AUGGAGACUGGCAUAGCAUGCUGUGCUCGUGGGGCUUAUUUACCUUAUGUCUCUUCUCCGCAUUCAAAAGCCCUAGUGUCUCCACAAUCUUCCAUUGGCUCCAGGAGUCUGAAAUCAAGCUCACUAUUUGGGGAGUCAUUGCGCUUCGUACCAAGAUCAUCACUACAGGUUUCCAAGGCAAAGAACUCUUCCCUUGUGACCAGAUGUGAGAUUGGUGAUAGCCUGGAAGAAUUCAUUUCAAAGGCAACUCCAGAUAAGGGGCUUAUUAGGGUGAUGAUGUGCAUGGGAGAGGCGUUAAGGACCAUUUCCUUCAAGGUCAGGACAGCUUCUUGUGGUGGAACAGCUUGUGUGAACUCUUUUGGAGAUGAGCAGCUUGCUGUAGAUAUGCUUGCCGACAAGCUUCUUUUUGAGGCCUUGACUUACUCUCACUUCUGCAAAUAUGCUUGCUCUGAAGAAGUCCCUGAACUGCAAGACAUGGGAGGCCCAACUGAAGGUGGAUUCAGCGUUGCUUUUGAUCCGCUUGAUGGCUCCAGUAUUGUCGACACAAAUUUCUCUGUGGGUACCAUUUUUGGAGUGUGGCCAGGAGACAAGUUAACUGGGGUAAAAGGGAGAGAUCAAGUUGCUGCAGCCAUGGGGGUUUAUGGUCCUCGUACUACAUACGUUCUUACUCUUAAAGACUACCCUGGCACCCACGAGUUUCUUCUUCUUGACGAAGGAAAGUGGCAACAUGUCAAAGAGACAACAGAGAUUAGUGAAGGGAAACUUUUCUCCCCUGGAAAUUUGAGAGCCACAUCUGACAACCCUGACUAUGCCAAGCUGAUCAACUACUACGUAAAAGAGAAGUACACCUUGAGAUACACAGGAGGAAUGGUGCCAGAUGUCAACCAGGAGUUUAUUAUCCAUCAUCGUCAGCUUAUUGUUAAAGAGAAGGGUAUCUUCACAAAUGUGAUUUCACCAUCUUCCAAAGCCAAGCUGAGAUUGUUAUUUGAGGUUGCACCUUUGGGUUUAUUGGUUGAAAAGGCUGGGGGUUACAGCAGUGAUGGUCAUCAGUCUGUGCUAGACAAGGAAAUCAUAAAUCUUGAUGAUAGAACUCAAGUUGCAUACGGCUCCAAGAAUGAGAUUAUCCGGUUUGAAGAAACCCUAUAUGGGAAAUCGAGGCUCAAGGCUGAGGGUGUUCCUGUAGGAGCUGCUGCUUAA